AUGGGUCGAGAACAGGACCUGAUCCUCGCUGUCAAGAAUGGAGAUGUGACUGGUGUGCAGAAACUGGUGGCUAAGGUCAAGGCCACAAAGACAAAGCUCCUUGGCUCCACGAAGAGACUCAACGUCAACUACCAGGAUGCUGAUGGAUUCUCGGCUCUCCACCACGCCGCCCUGGGGGGCAGCCUGGAGCUCAUAACCUUGCUGCUGGAGGCUCAGGCAACCGUUGACAUCAAGGACAGCAAUGGCAUGCGCCCGCUGCACUAUGCAGCCUGGCAGGGCCGGCUGGAGCCCGUGAGGCUGCUACUGCGGGCCUCUGCGGCCGUGAACGCCGCCUCGCUGGAUGGGCAGAUCCCGCUGCACCUGGCUGCCCAGUACGGACACUAUGAAGUGUCAGAAAUGCUCCUCCAGCAUCAGUCCAACCCGUGCCUGGUUAACAAGGCCAAGAAGACGCCCUUGGACCUGGCCUGCGAAUUUGGACGCCUCAAGGUGGCCCAGCUGUUACUGAACAGCCACUUAUGUGUGGCACUGCUGGAGGGUGAGGCCAAGGACCCGUGUGACCCCAACUAUACCACACCCCUGCACUUGGCUGCCAAGAACGGCCACAGAGAGGUCAUCAGGCAGCUCCUGAGAGCUGGGAUCGAGAUCAACCGCCAGACCAAGACAGGCACGGCACUCCACGAGGCCGCGCUGUAUGGCAAGACCGAGGUGGUGCGGCUGCUCCUAGAGGGUGGGGUGGACGUGAACAUCCGGAACACGUAUAACCAGACGGCACUGGACAUCGUGAAUCAGUUCACCACCUCCCAGGCCAGCCGGGAAAUCAAGCAGCUACUGCGGGAGGCCUCAGGGAUCCUGAAGGUCCGAGCACUCAAGGAUUUCUGGAACCUCCACGAUCCCACUGCCCUCAAUGUCCGGGCAGGGGACGUCAUCACGGUGCUUGAGCAGCAUCCCGACGGCCGCUGGAAGGGCCACAUCCACGAGAGCCAGAGGGGCACGGACCGUGUGGGCUACUUUCCCCCGGGCAUCGUUGAAGUGGUCAGCAAGCGGGUGGGCGUCCUUGCACCCCGCCUCCCCUCUGCGUCCACCACCCUGCGCCCAGGCCUCUCCAGGACACCACAGACCCCUGCUGAUGACUCCCUGCACCCCCUUACCUAUGGCCAGCUGCCUCGGGUGGGCCUCAGCCCAGACAGCCCAGCAGGUGACAGGAACAGUGUGGGCAGCGAGGGCAGCGUGGGCAGCACCCGCAGUGCCGGCAGUGGACAGAGUUCCGAGGGCACCAACGGCCACAGCACCGGCCUCCUUAUUGAGAAUGCCCAGCCACUGCCCUCUGCUGGAGAGGACCAGGUGCCGCCAGGACUGCACCCCCCGUCCCUGGCAGACAACCCAAACCACCGCCCUCUAGCCAACUACCGCUCCGGGGAGCAGCUCUUCACCCAGGACGUGAGGCCGGAGCAGCUGCUGGAGGGGAAGGAUGCUCAGGCCAUUCAUAACUGGCUCAGCGAGUUCCAGCUGGAGGGCUACACUGCCCACUUUCUGCAGGCUGGCUAUGACGUGCCAACUAUCAGCCGCAUGACACCCGAGGACCUGACGGCCAUCGGGGUGACCCAGCCCGGGCACAGGAAGAAGAUCGCCUCAGAGAUCGCCCAGCUCAGCAUCGCCGAGUGGCUGCCCAGCUACACCCCGGCAGACCUGCUGGAGUGGCUGUGCGCGCUGGGGCUGCCGCAGUACCACAAGCAGCUGGUGAGCAGCGGCUACGAUUCCAUGGGGCUGGUGGCGGACCUCACUUGGGAGGAGCUGCAGGAGAUCGGGGUCAACAAGCUCGGUCAUCAGAAGAAGCUCAUGCUGGGGGUGAAGCGGCUGGCUGAGCUUCGGCGGGGCCUGCUGCAGGGGGAGGCCCCAGGCGACGGUGGCCGCCGGCUAGCCAGGGGCCCGGAGCUGAUGGCCAUCGAGGGGCUGGAGAAUGGGGACAGUCCGGCUGUGGCUGGCCCGCGCCUCCUCACCUUCCAGGGCAGCGAGCUGAGCCCAGAGCUACAGGCGGCCAUGGCAGGGGGUGGCCCUGAGCCGCUCCCCCUGCCCCCUGCCCGCUCCCCCAGCCAGGAGAGCAUCGGGGCACGCUCGCGGGGCUCUGGGCACUCGCAGGAACAGCCUGCCUCCCAGCCCAGUGGCGGAGACCCCAACACCCCACAGGAGAGGAAUCUUCCAGAGGGCACGGAGCGGCCCCCUAAGCUUUGUUGCCCACUUCCUGGCCAAGGGGCCCCCCCUUAUGUUUUUAUGUACCCCCAGGGCUCGCCCUCCAGCCCAGCCCCAGGGCCGCCUCCUGGCGCACCCCGGGCCUUCUCCUACUUGGCCGGGCCCCUGGCCACUCCUCCAGACCCGCCUCGGCCCAAGCGCCGGUCCCACAGCCUGAGCCGCCCCAGCCCGGCCGAGGGGGAAGCCGAGGGGGAGGCCGAAGGGCCAGUGGAUAGUGCCUUGGGCAGUUAUGCCACCCUCACUCGGCGACCAGGACGCAGCGCCCUCGCCCGGACCAGCCCCAGCCCGACCCCAACCCGAGGGGCGCCCCGCAGCCAGUCCUUCGCCCUGCGGGCCCGCCGCAAAGGCCCCCCGCCCCCGCCCCCCAAGCGCCUCAGCUCCGUCUCCGGCCCCACCCUGGAGCCGCCGCCGCCGCCGCCGCCAGAUGGAAGCCCGGCACCCAAGGAGGGGGCCCCGGGGCCCCGGAGGCGAACACUCAGUGAACCCACGGGCCCCUCGGAGCCCCCCGGCCUGCCCGCCCCGGCUGGCGCCGCAUCGGACACGGAGGAGGAGGACCCAGGGCCCGAGGGGACACCGCCGUCUCGGGGCAGCUCAGGGGAGGGGCUCCCGUUCGCGGAGGAGGGGAACCUCACGAUCAAACAGAGGCCCAAGCCGGCGGGCCCCCCACCCCGGGAGACGCCUGUGCCUGCUGGCCUCGACUUCAACCUCACAGAGUCAGACACUGUUAAGCGGAGGCCCAAAUGCCGGGAGAGGGAGCCACUGCAGACGGCACUCCUGGCCUUCGGGGUCGCCGGCUCCACGCCCGGCCCCGCUGCCGCCCUGUCCCCGCAGACCCCCGGCGAGUCCCCCUCGGCCUCUGCCAGCCCUCCCCAGCCUGACCCUAGCAGCCUCCCAAACCCUGGAGCUCCAGCCCCUCUCUCUCCCAGCCCCCCGACCCAGCCCCCCGUGGCUCCCUGCCCGGGGCCGGCUCUGGAAAACAGUCGGCGUCCCGGGGAGAUGGAGCCCCCGGCUCCCCCUGCUGCCCUUCUCAAGGUGCCCGGAGCAGGAACAGCCCCCAAGCCUGUGUCUGUGGCCUGCACCCAGCUGGCAUUUUCUGGCCCUAAGCUGGCUCCCCGGCUCGGCCCCCGCCCUGUGCCCCCUCCAAGGCCAGAGAACACUGGGGCCACGGGCCCAGGCCGGGCCCAGCAGAGACUGGAGCAGACCAGCUCAUCCCUGGCAGCUGCCUUGCGGGCCGCGGAGAAGAGCAUUGGUGCUGAGGAGCGAGAGGGCCCCCCGGGCACCUCCACCAAGCACAUCCUGGAUGACAUCAGCACCAUGUUCGACGCCCUGGCUAACCAGCUGGAUGCCAUGCUGGAUUGAGCUGGACCUGCUGGCAGCUCGCAGCAGUGCCCACCGUGACCUUCCUCAGCCACUGCCUUUCCCCCGGCACGGACGCCGGCCCUGCCGCCCUAGCGGG